GAAGAGGAGACAUCGACUCCGCACCAGAGCUUCUGAGGAAUAUAUUUAAAUUAAAAACAAAGAAGACAAAAGAUACCAUUUGAUGACUUGCUUGAAAGAAAAGGAUGAUUCACUGUUCUUUUUUGCAGAUAAAGACAGUCAUACACAUCUGGGAUGGCUUGAGGGGGAUUCAGUUCUGCCCAGUAAAUAAAUGGAUGCUGUCUAUUGAAAGCAAAGUCAAAGGUUCAUUUUGAGGAUCAGUCCAGACUCCAGGUGCUCCAGAAGUGGCAAGACAUUAAAACGAAGAAACUCUAGCCUGAAUCCUCGUGUUGCUUCCUCCAACCAUCAGGGAGUUUGUUAAUUUGAGAGAAUGUUGUGAUCAGGAGAGUUUAUUAUGCUCAGGGAUCCUGUGGGUGCUUCAAGUCUACUGAGGGUUGACUCAGGUGUGUGCAUUUAUUUAUUAAAGUAACUUGUGUGUUCAUUAAUUAUUUGGUCGACCUUGUCAUCUCUCCCUGUAUAGAUACAGUCCUAUGUAGCAGUGGCAGCACAGAGAGGGAGAGAGGGAGUCCCAGGUGGGGUUGUGAGUCCUCAGAGCCAAAUGAUGGAGCCAUCCCAGCUACAUAGCCUUGGAGUUGGGCCAUGGUCAUCAGGAGCCAAUGCUCAUGUGAUGGUGACAAGCAAGAUGUAAAACAUGUGUUCAUCACAAAGAGACCUGUCAAAUCAGAAGAUGCUUUAAAGGAAAGAAGGCACAACUCGUGUAAUUUUAUCUGUACUGUGAAAAACAACAAAUCAACUUACCAACCAAGGAGACUGAAUAUUUCCACUGAAAAAUGCAGCCAUGAAGUGAAGCCUUGAGAAAGCUACAAAAGUGAACAGACAAAUUUCAAAAGACAUUUGCACCUUUAAAAUCAGCCUAUCAACCUCUUUGGAACACUGGAAGGGUCAUGACCCAGUUGCCAUGCGCAUCACCACGGUGACCAGCCUUCCUAGUCCCUCCCCCCUCCUCCUCUUAUUUGCCCAGCUGCUGUUGCGGCUCAUCCUCCCAGGCCAAGAGACAGUGGGAGCGGUCUCUACCUGUCCCACCCCUUGCAGUUGUUCUAAUCAAGCUAGUCGAGUAAUCUGUACAAGACGAAACUUGGACGAGGUGCCAGAGAGUAUAUCAAACAACACACGAUACCUCAACCUACAGGAGAACUCGAUACAGGUGAUAAAAUCAGACACAUUCAAACACUUAAGGCACCUGGAGAUCCUCCAGCUCUCCAAGAACCAGAUUCGUCAGAUAGAGGUGGGGGCUUUCAAUGGCCUCCCAAACCUCAACACUUUGGAACUGUUUGACAACCGCCUCACACUGGUGCCAUCACAGGCUUUCGAGUACCUCAGCAAGCUGCGGGAGCUGUGGUUACGAAACAAUCCCAUUGAGACCUUACCAGGCUACGCCUUUCACCGUGUCCCCUCACUGCGGCGUCUUGAUUUAGGCGAACUCAAGAAGCUGGAUUAUAUAUCUGAUGCAGCCUUUGUUGGACUCAUCAACCUGCGCUACCUAAACUUGGGUAUGUGUGGUCUCAAGGACAUCCCUAACUUGACCCCCCUGGUGCGACUAGAGGAGCUGGAGUUGUCUGGAAACCGUCUGGAAAUCAUCAGACCUGGAUCCUUCCAGGGCCUAGAAUCUUUGCGCAAACUGUGGCUCAUGCAUUCUCAAAUGUCUGUCAUUGAGCGCAAUGCGUUUGAUGAUCUCAAGAACCUAGAGGAGCUCAACCUAUCUCAUAAUUCCUUGCACUCAUUGCCCCAUGAUCUUUUCACACCUCUGCAGAAGCUGGAGAGGGUGCACCUCAAUCAUAACCCAUGGGUGUGCAACUGUGACGUGCUGUGGCUAAGCUGGUGGCUCAAAGAAACUGUACCGAGCAACACAACCUGCUGUGCACGGUGCCAUGCGCCACCCUACCUUAAGGGAAAAUACAUCGGAGAGCUCGACCAGAGCCAUUUCACCUGCUACGCCCCUGUCAUUGUGGAGCCACCCACUGACCUUAAUGUAACUGAGGGCAUGGCUGCUGAGCUCAAGUGUCGCACUGGUACCUCCAUGACCUCUGUCAACUGGAUAACCCCAAACGGAACCCUAAUGACCCAUGGCUCCUAUCGUGUCAGGAUUUCCGUGCUGCAUGAUGGCACGCUGAAUUUCACCAACGUAACUCUGCGUGACACGGGCCAGUACACCUGCAUGGUGACCAACUCAGCAGGAAACACCACGGCAACUGCUGUCCUGAAUGUGACUGCAGCAGAUGUCAAUGUCAACUACACCUACUUCACCACGGUCACUGUGGAAACAGUGGAGACCACAGGAGAGGAAGAUUCUGCCUUGCGUGCCAUCAACGAGACCUUCAUCCAUAUUCCCGGCCCUACACCUUCUGGGCACCUCUGGCAUGAGGUUGUCUCCACUACCGCCUCUUCUCUCUCGAUCCUUGGCUCAUCGUCCUCUCCCCGUGCAACCAAACCCACUUUCACCCUUCCCAUAUCUGAACCCAACUACCCUUCUGGGCUUGAUGACGUGAUGAAGACCACUAAGAUCAUCAUUGGUUGCUUUGUAGCCAUCACCUUCAUGGCUGCAGUCAUGCUGGUGGUGUUCUACAAGCUGAGGAAGCAACACCAGUUGCACAAACACCAUGGGCCGGCACGAGCCAUAGAGAUCAUUAAUGUCGAAGAUGAGAUUGGAGCAGGAACAGGCCUUCGUGGCAGCGGCAUCUCAGGAGGUUCCACAGUACCACAAGGAGGGUCCUGCGGAGGCAGUCAGAGCUUGCGGCUUCACCACCCAGAAAUUGUAAACCUCCCAAACCUCGCACGAGCAGAGCAUCUCAACCAUUACUACAAGGCCCAUCACUUCAACAAUAACAUGAUGGGUCUGGGCCUUGGUGGAGGUUCUGUUGGAGGCCUAAACAAUAACAACAACCCCUCUCCUUGCUCCCAGGCCCAGACUACCCCCAUCUCUUGCACACAGGUGCCAGUUUCUGCAGGUAGCACACCAUGCUCCAUGCCUUCUUCAAUGCCCCUGCCGACUCUUGGCAUCCAUGGGUCACUGAAAGGCCUGAUAGGCAAAGGGCAGAACCCACAGAUUGAGCCAUUGCUCUUCAAGAGUGGCUCCAAGGAGAAUGUCCAAGAAACCCAGAUCUGAAGUCAAGGAAGAGAGAGAGAGAAAAAGGGGAAGAGAGAAUGGUAAAUGUACAGAUAAAGGAUCGAGAAUUAGUAUCAGGGAGACAGAAACAGAUGAAGGGUAUUGGCUUUUCAACCCCUAUGGGUAUGUUCUCAGGAGUAAUGAGAAAGUUAGGCCCAGCAUUGUAUGAAAUAUUACCUACAGAAGAAUAAGGCACAGCUGUGAAACCACUACAAAGUAAAUGCGCUGGCAGAGAGUGGGGGAGUCUCUAGAAGGCAACCACACUGCAGUAAAAAUCACAGUCUUUGCCACAAUCUGAUCCACACAUAUUAAGGGGAUCAUCGAACAUCAGCAAACAAUAACACACUUGCCAAAACAAUAUGAAUCAAUACAUUACUGUUUAAUGAAAGAUUGAUAAUUAUGUGCCAAACUUGCACCAAGCUGUGCCAAAGCAAAAUCUUUGCACAUCAGCAUCAAUACGCAUAUGUACAGACACAAUCUCACAAGAUGAAAAAAUCAAUACAUAUGCGUGUAUACAAUCUCAUACACAGAACUCCAUCAAUAAAGCAGAGAUGCUACUACAUUCAAAACACAUCAUAGGCACCAUCAGGUACGAAGUGUAUAUAGGAAUACAUGAGCAGAACCUUUAAGUAUUUCCAAGUAUUUACGGACACAAAUGGCUGAGAACGAAAGAUAACCCAUGCUAACGGUUUAGAGUGCAAAAGAUAACAAAAUUGAUCAUUCAGAUUUUGUAGAGGUUCACAGUCCUGCUGAAGGAAAGUGGAUUAAUAGACCAGCACUGUGUAUAGGGCUUGUGUUUUGUGAUGAUGGACUCAGUUUCUCUCCUCGUUCGCAAUGGCUCUCACAGUUUAGGAGAAAAUGAACCGAAAGUGCAAAAAGACAAUGAAAGAUAUACAAAUUUUAAGAGAAUAUGUCAACUAUGAAAUUAUACACAAAAUAUAAAUCAGAGUGUUUUUUUACACUAACUGCAAAUAGCUCAUCUUGUUGGCAGAGGCUAUUUACACUAACUCCACCCACCACCGCUCAGACCAAACUCAAGACAGUCACAACAGAUUUAUUUGGGUUCAGCUGCUGAUCAAAUAAAUGUGGGCAUAUUUGAAUUUUUUGCAAUGGGGUAGAGACAUUACACUGGUUAACAGGUUAGACAUUUAGUGGAUUAAGAGGUUGGAUAACUAAGUGACUAUUUGCGCUCCAACAGUCUUGUGGAAACACAGGAUUUUAUGACAAACUGCACCCCCAUGUGUGGCUGUAGUAGCUCUGGGUGUAAUGACGGUAUGUGUAUGUGUUGUCACGCUGGAGAUCUGGGUUUGAAUCCCACCCUUUGACACUUGUUCCCUAUGUCUCUACUCUUAAUAUUUCCUAUAAUACUACUUAUAGUAAUAAAUAAAAGAGAUCCAUCACAUUGAUUUGGUCACAGUAAAGGUCGGGGAAUUGAGAGAAAGAUUUGAUCCAGAUAAAAUUAACCAUGGUUUUACUGUAGUAAUAUUGUUGUAACCAUGUGUUUUGGUGGAAACUAUAUAGUUCUGAUGUACUAACCAUGGUGUUAGUACAGUAACAUGUAGUUAAUAGUAACCAUGUUUAAUUUUGUGGUUACUGUGAUUUUACUAGAAAAAUAUUGUGGUGAUACUAUGGUUACUGUAGUAAAACCAUGGUUCAUUUUUGUGAAGUAGGGUUAGGGGUAGGGGUUGGUGUAACUAUUUGCACUUAGUGCAAAAAAGAUGCUUUUCGUUGCUUUUUACACUUAGUGAAAAUAGCAUCUGUUGCUAUUUGCACUUAUAGUGUAAAUAUCAUCUAUGGCUAUUUGCACUUAGUGCAAAUAGCCUCCGCCUAUAUAAAUAUAUUUUCAUUCAGAGAAAUAAAUUAAGAAGUAUCUUUAAAUUUUUCUGACUGAAAGCCAUGGCUUUUAAAGAAUUUAGCAACUGCUGUUGUAGUGCUUUGUCACUGAUAAAUCCUUUCUCUGCUUAAAAACAUGUCCGAAACUGUCACACCCUUGUGGGACUUAAGGGGAUGCUGAAGAGACAAAGGGACUGGGAUGCAUUUAAGAAUUCUGGAAAUUGUAUUUGAUUUCAGAUACUUUGGCUUUGUUUUUCUUAAAAGUCUUAAAAGGGACCUUCUUGUUCUAUAACUAACAGGGUCAUUGAGGAGAGGUAAUUUUAAUUCACAUUAUAAAUACACUACUGUAUGAAUCUGCAGGUCUUUGAGAUCCAAAUUGGGUCAAUAUCAGUUACCGCCAUUGAUAAAAAGACAAUAAUGAUGACACUAUGUAAUGCAAUGAAAAUAAACUGUAAAGGUUGAUCUACAUGCUGCUAUACUGGGAAAAUGGGAAGUUAUGAAAUCUGAUUUCAAAAAUAAGUUAAUGUUGACAUUACAUUACAGUUACUAUCAUCAUUAUUGAAAAGUAUCAAAAGCAUAGAAAUUGUUUUAGUCAGUUUCUUUGUUUUUACUUAGAGGUGAUGCUUGUAUUUCAUUGUGUAAAAAGUGUCACUACAGCUGAUAAUCCCCUCAGUUGGAAUAGCAGUGGAAGUACUGGCAAUGGCAACGUUUUGAUUGAAGUACCAUGAAUAACUACAAUGACAAACACUCAAAAACUAAAGAAAAAUAAAUAAAUGGAUGGGCCUUAAAAUGGCUCCCUCAAUGGCCUGUCCCCUCUGUUUUUUGUACAAGACAAAACUUUAUCAGGACCCUGCCUUUUUGGCCAUGAUUCAGAACAGAACACAAACUCUGGCGAUUCCUGCAGGGGCAAUAUGGAUUAUAGUGAACACUGUGUCCAGACAUGUGGACGGAACUACUGUUUGAGCAGAGAUUCUGAAAGCAAAUGGAGGACAGCAUUUGAAAGGUAAGAGCAACCCACUCAGUGAGCGAGAUUUGGAGUUUGGAAAGCUUUUUUAAAAAUGAAAAUGGACAAAUAAAUGAAAACUAUAGAAACUUAUAGAGCUCUUUUAAAAACAAAACUAUUAUGAUAAUAAGUGUCUUUCAUUACUUGUUUUUAUCUAGUUUCAUUUUGUUUUUUGUUUUUCAAAAUCAAGAGUUAUCUUAAUUGUAAUAUUGUUCUUGUUAUUAUAAUUAGCUAAUAUUACACUCGUUAUAAUUAUGAAAAAUGUUCUGUUAGCAGAAGUCACUUCGAAAUUUAAAAAAAUAUAUAAAUAUGGCACACAAAAUGGCAACUGAAAUUGUGAAACUUGGUGGCAUUGAUUUGUUCUAUGUUUUUGUCUUUUCUUUUUUUGUGUAUUUGCGGUAUCACUGUAUGUAACCCUUGGAGCUAAAAGCUUGGGGACAGUUCUCCUCAGAAACAGACAGAAUGUGAUGUGGCUGGUUGGUAGCGUCGUUCUCUGCACAGAAAAAGAUAUGAGAGAGAGACCAGGCUUCUGAUAUACACUUGUUCACAGAGUGUCACCCAUUAUCAGUGCUGAGAAGUGUGACUGUGCCAUGUCAACACCCUGUUGCCACAGCAACACGCCUUUGCACUAAUGUGCCAAACACUGUCAAAGCUAGGGUGCCAUCUUCGUGGGUCCUGUGUCUGUGUUCGGCAAACCUUGUUACCCAACAACACGUACAAAUAACCACACGCAUGUCCUCACACCCAAGUACAUUGCCACCACCGUGUCAAUUGUCAUCCGACAUACUGGUGCAUCCAUACUCUAGCACAGCGUUCCAACAGGUUCCCAUGGUGAGGUUUCCCAGGUCACUGUUGCUGCUGCAACAGUCCCCAUCACGGCGUUCAGGUCUCAGAUGCAAAUGCGAGGACUGAGGCAGUAUAGGACAUCAUUUACGAGGACAUAACCAUCUCAUUUACCCUACCCAUUGUCCUCCUUGUUCUUAAAUCACACAUUAGCAUAUUCAUAGCACUUAUACUGCGCCUCAGCCCUUGCGAUCAAUAAAUCUUUUUGUCAAUGACAUUCAUGAACAUUGAGUUGCAAUUAGUGAGAUCUUCUAUAGGCACAUCCAUUAUCAUAUUUUCCCUCUCAUACCCAUGAUUUGCAUAUGCUCAUUUGGUUCUCAAGUGAUUAACAUACACAUCUGUUUGUGUGUGCGCACAUAUGUGUGUACCAGACAGUAGUCGUAUUACAUUUAUGCUCAAGGCAUCUGCUUUCUUUCCAAAGCAACUUAUAAGAAAGUGUUGCCAAGCAGAUUGGUAGUCGGACAGGGCAAAGACUGUUAUAAAAUAUCACAUAUCUCAUCCUGAUCACUUGGGAUCUUUACAUAGCCUGCAAUCUCAGAUACAAAUGUUUUUAUAUAGAUUGUAAAAGCGGUGACAAAGGUAUAAAGACAGGCAACCUUUCUCCACUGAAACACUGCAGGAUCUGAGUCACAGGGAUGAGAACCUGAAACACACACUCAUACACAUCGAGCCGGUGAGUCUCAGCUCUCUCAUAAACACACUUUGCGGAGAAAGACCCUGCCCACCUGCUGGUUAGGACUUAUGCAAAGAGCACCCGAGAUUGUGGUGUUGCGGGUUUGGCUUAACCAUGUGUCUGUGUGUGAGUGUUUGACAACUAUAAUUGCUCAUGAAAAUGGCCAUUUCAGCUUUUGUAAGCUUAAUUGAAGACAACCAUGUAUUUCAAUCAAUGUUUUCUCAUUGAUCUAUUUUUUCGUUGCCCUCUGUAUAUGCGUGCAUGUGAUAUUUUUAAGUGUGUAAGUUUUACAAUAAGAG